GCGGAAUCACCGCACCCAACGUCGCCUUCGAUGCCGCGGCCUCAAGAUGAAUCGUCGACGGAACCAAUUCAGGCGUUGCCCGCUGCGGCCUCGGCCGCCAAGUUCUCGUACAUGAGGCACUCGACCUCGACCAUCGAGCCGUUCCCGACUUCUCCCUCCGACUCCUCGCUCGUCUUUCGCAGAUCGAACCCUUCUGCUGCUUCUCUCUACGCCUCGACGCUGUCGCCGCCCGGCUCCAGGUCCAUGUCACCUGCAGGCCGAGGAUCUCCGUCACGGAUUCUGUCGGGCACAGUGUUUGAUCUUGGUCAGAACCGGGCACUGCCGGAGAAUGUCGGGGACGACCCGAGCGAGCCACUGAAUCUCAUCUUAAAGGCCUUCGUGCCUCAUGUGUCCGUCUAUGCCUCGCGGGAUACGGAGGCUUUGAUUCGCGAAAAGGGCUUUCAGCAUGGGUUGUGGGAGCUGUUACGACCGUUUGGCGAGAACAUCCAGGGCAAGGUCAACAUUAGGGACAGCAACGGCAUUGGACGAAUAGUGGAGGACUUUUCCAUACGUUUCACACGAUUCGGCGAGAACAUUGAGCGCCCCGAUGCUCUGACAUCUGGAUCCCAGCAAGCCCAGGCGCCGCGGAGUCAAAAUGGAGCUCCGGAAAGAGAUGCCGGAAAACGGUCAGCUAUCAACGACAUUGAAUCUGUUGUCGAACGCCACCUCUCUUACGCGGAGGAAUCAUUCCUUGGAAUGCCACAUCAGAGCAUCAUGACGAAGAACGGCUCUGAUUCCGAGGCAGCUUCUCCAUACUAUGCUUUGUAUCUGCGGCGUCUUUUGUCGGGUUUACCCAUCUCGCCCCACGAGACGUUUGCUCACCCUGUUGCCUGCAUCAUAGCGAUCAGCUCCCGCAAUCCAGCCCCGAUUGAAGAGCUUCGGCGCCUCUACAGCGAAACCAGUCAGGGCGAGAGGAGGCUGCCCUCAUGGGUCGAUGGAGAUUAUCUGAGGUACUACGUUUUGGUCCACGACGAGGAGAACGACGACAUUGCACGAUCCAUGGGAUUGUUUGAGCAGAUGAAGCGACAUCUAGGGCUUCAUUGCCAUCUGUUGAGGCUACGAUGCAGUCAGAGCGUGGAGACGGAUGAUGACAACAUACCUCUUCCCCGAAGCGACUGGAUGUCGGCUGCUGAAGAGUUGGCAGAGAUUCGCCGAAGCGAGAACGAUGAAGACUUUGAGGAUCCGUCACGGUACAUUUUUGAGUCUGACGCGACAGCCAUCCGCACUUUUGUCCGCGAGAUGGUGACGCAGUCGAUUAUCCCUACCAUGGAGCGGCACGCCACCAUCUGGAACGACCAAGUUGCGUCGAGGCGCAGAGGACUGACGGGAAGGUUCAUGAAUCUGUCAAAGAGGUUCUCCGUGUUUGGUAGUAACUCACGGAGUUCUUCAAGCGGCGCCAGCACAAGCAAAGACGGCUACGAUCCCUCAGGCUUCUACCAGGCCGAUACGUCAGAGGCCAUCAUGCGGAAGCUGGCCGAUUUUGCCUUUAUGCUGCGCGACUGGAGAUUGGCUCAUUCUACAUAUGAUCUGCUGCGGUCCGAUUUCAGCGAAGCAAAGGCCUGGAAAUACCACGCCGCAGCGAAUGAGAUGGCAGCCAUCAGCCUUCUUCUUAUGCCACAGCAGCUGACGUCCAAAAGCCGCGCGGAGACUGUCGACCAAAUGCUGGAGUCGGCAUUCUAUUCUUAUAACACACGGUGCAGCUCCCCGUAUGGAGCGACAAGGACGCUGAUCCUGGCGCAAGAGCUUCUGAGGCUCAGGGGAGGAUCCAGCAUCGAUGACGCUGCACGAUGGUGUACCCGACUUCUGGAAUCCAAGAUCCUGGGCAGCAUCGGAGAUGCGCUGCUCAAGGAGCGACUGGCCAUCUGCUAUGGCUCCAAGUCGGGCGUCGGUAGCUGGAGCUGGGGCAGCCGACGGCGGAAAUCAGCAGCCUGGAGCGUCUUUGCGGCGAGGGCUUGGGCCCAACAGUCCAAGUACAUCCCCGCGCAGCGAUGCCUCAACGAAGCCAAAAGGAUGUACGAAACGCUGCCACAUGGCCAGGGCAUAUCCCGGUUCGCCAUUGCGCGAGAGACCAUGGACUCUCUGCAGCGAGAACUAACGGAGAAGCUGGAGUUUCCUCUUGGGCAUGACAGGGGUAUGCCGGAGGAUGUGGUCGAUGGCGGCAUAGAUGAGGAGAGCGAGGCGUUGGUGGACACACGCUCGAGGAGAGCGAGCAACCUAGCACGAGGCGGGACGGAGACGGCACCACUGCACAAUGAGGAAAUGAGCAAAGAUACCAACGAAGAUAUAGAUAAAGAGGGUUUUGCAUAGGACAAGGGAUUGGGUAUGACGGG